AUGGAAGUAAAAAACCAAAGCUCCAUCUCUGACUUCCUGCUCCUGGGCUUCUCUGAGCACCAGGAGCAGCAACCUCUCCUGUUUGGGCUCUUCCUGGGCAUGUACCUGGUCACCCUGCUGGGCAACCUGCUCAUCAUCCUGGCCAUUGGCUCUGACCCGCACCUCCACACACCUAUGUACUUCUUCCUGGCCAACCUGUCCUUCGUGGAUACCUGCUUCACCUGCACCAUUGUCCCCAAGGUGCUGGUGAACAUCCACACGCAGCAGCACACCAUCUCCCACACUGGGUGCCUCCUGCAGAUGUACUACUUCAUGGCACUGGCCCUGCUGGAUGACUUCCUGCUGGCCAUCAUGGCCUAUGACCGCUACGUGGCCAUCUGCCUGCCUCUGCACUACACCACUGUCAUGUGUCCCCAGCUGCUGGUGGCCACGUCCUGGCUCUGCUCCAACCUCCUGGCCCUUUCCCUCACUCUCCAGAUGGCUCAGCUCUCCUUCUGUGCCUCCCACUCCAUCCCACACUUCUUCUGUGAUGUACCCCCACUCCUCAAGCUUGCCUGUUCAGACACCCAUACCUUUCAGGUCACAAUGUUAACUGAAGCAAUUCUCUCAGGUAUUAUACCUCUCACCUGCAUCCUGGUCUCUUACGCCCACAUCAUGCACACCAUCCUCAGGAUUCCCUCUGCUGGGAGGAAGCACAAAGUCUUCUCCACCUGUGGCUCUCACCUGACAGUAGUCACCGUAUUCUAUGGAACCCUCUUCCUGGUGUAUUUUCAGCCCUCAUCCUCCUACUCAGCAGAUUUUGGAGUGGUGGCAUCUGUGAUAUACACAAUGGUCACCCCCAUGCUGAACCCCUUUAUCUACAGCCUGAGGAACAGGCAUGUGAAGGGGGCUUUGUGGAAACUGUUUAGCUUGGGAAAAUGCUGUACUCAGGAAAGGGCACUUCCACAGAGUAGAAGCCUUGGCUCUUUAAAAUGUAUUUAUAACUGA